AUGAAUUCGAAACAUCCUUCAUUUGCAGACCUCCCACUGCAAAGGGACGGCCCACAUGGCAACGCCUGGGGCCUCUGGGGACCGGAUGAUCAACUUGGGACGUUGAACCAUCUGACAGACGCGAUAAUUGCACGGGCAGCAGGAGAGGGAGUCCGAUCCGGCAAGAGAGUAUCUUUGAAUUGGUCUAUGACAGGGUCAUCGUAUCCCCACUUGGGCCGGAAAACGCUGGAGCUGAAACUGACCAACAAAGCCCCUUUGAAGCAUGCUCAUGAUGAUGAGUGGUCUUUCAACUCCCAGUGCAGCUCCCAGUGGGACGGGUUCCGACAUUACGCAUACCAGAAAGAAGGGGUAUACUACAUGGGUCGCACCGCCGCGCAGUUCGCAGAGUCCCCUAUUCCGAACGGAAUCCAACACAUCGCCAACAAAGGCAUCGCCGGCCGCGCUGUGCUGAUCGACUGGUACAGCUGGGCCGUUCAGAACGGCCGCAUCAUCGACGCCCUGAGUGCCCACCCCGUCCCUUUUGCCGAGCUUCUCAAGGUUCUCUCCUACCAGAACCUGUCCCCGGACGACAUCCGCCACGGCGACAUCCUCCUCAUCCGCUUCGGAUACAUCCACCAAUACGAAACCCUGAGUGACGACAGGCGCUCGCGACUAGACGCAGUGUACCGCACCCAGAAACCCGAAAAUAUCGGGAUCCAGCCAUCGGAGGAGGUGCUCCAGUUCCUGUGGGAGAAGCGGAUCGCGGCGAUUGCGGGCGACACGCGCUCGCUCGAGGUCUGGCCGUGCACGGAACCGCGGUGGCAUCUGCACGAGUGGCUAUUAGCCGGCUGGGGGAUGCCAAUCGGGGAAUUGUUCGAUCUGGAGGAGUUGAGCCAGGUGUGCGCGGCGGAGAAGCGGUAUACUUUCUUCCUGACGAGCGCGCCGAUGAAUGUGCCCGGGGCAGUUGCGAGCCCGCCGAAUGUGUUGGCGUUGUUUUGA